CGCUGCGGUGAAUAAUGUGUGCCUGUCCAUGGCGUCGAUGAGGAGCUGGAAGACCUCGGUUGGGAUGCAAAUGGCAAGGGUUCCACACAGCUCAACUGUGUUCUGCACCACGGACGGUGACAGAGAAGUACUAUGACUGUUGCCAUUACAAACUUGUAUAGGAGGUUGGCUUCUCAGUUAUUGUUUAUACAGGCUACUAUCGGAGUCCCUCGACCGCCUACCACAAUGCAAUCGACAAACGGCAGGCCACUUGGACUGUCAAGACACGACUCUACGAUUAAGCGCUCCUCCUGCAAAGAAUGCACAAGCUCGUUAGCAUGCACCGUUUCCUGCCAUGAAAGGUUAAGCACAACCUUCACUGCUACUCUGUUUCUCUGGCCGCUCAGAUAUGAGCGCGCACACGGACGAGGUCUGGACACUAUCGUCAGUAUAGUCGUCUACGGCAUGUCGGUACGCCUCGAAAGUACUGCAGACAAACGAACCCGCAACUCUCUUCUCUGGCGUGAUCACGGCCGCUGCCUGCGACAACGCAACCAAGAGGAGGACGGCGAGUGCAAAGAGCGAGGUCCGGGCGCGUCAAGACUGGAGCUUCUUAUGGUCCCGGAUGUAUCGCGGUGGUGACUAUCCACUUCCGUGCCGUAUUUCUCACUGCCGAUCCUCGCAGCAUGACGAUCAACUGGGCUUUGCGCCCGUACUUGUCGUGACCCACUUCGCUGCUAGUUUAGUGCGUGAAGCGCGUGCGACUCCGAGUUCCUGCGAUUCCCAUCAUUGGCAGUGCCUCCCGUCAGAAGAGCGGCAACUGAAUUGGGAGAACCUGGGAGAACUCUCCGUGGCGAGCCUCAAGCUC